AGAAAGAAAGAAAGAAAGAAAGAAAGAAGCCUGGAAUUAUUUUCCAAAUACGCUCAGCUCCACACCACAACUCUUGUAUCUUAUCACUGCCAAUUAGAUUUUCCCACGGUGCAAUAAACCGCCUUCUUCCUCUAAUUGGUGGACUUCGUGAUAGACAUAUUCAGCAGCAAACAGCAAAUCACUUAUCCCAUAAAUUAAACUCUCUCAAAAAGUACUGAAAGAGAAUAAUAGUAAUUCCCACUAGAUUGCUUUUUUUAAAGUUUUAAAGCUUUUGGUCAUCAGUUCAGAGUAAAGCAGAUUAAGUUUUCAGCCGUGGUUUAUAAUUAGCAAACUUACGGCAUCUUCACAACAUCGGCUUGAAGUCUGUCCAAUCCUUACAGCAAAAGCAGGUGGAAUUCCAGCAAUUUAUCACUAAUCACGCUGAGAGCGUUGUCUAAUUCAAGUUUCGCCUGCCACUCUAGUUUUCACCAUGAGAAUGGAAUGGAAGUCACAAUAAAAUUGUUUCUUUAUAGGAUCAGCUUGAAUAUCAACUGUCAUUUGUAUGACAUUAGUAAAGAUGACAGCAAAGAAAACAGAAGGAAGAAUCUUCUGCUCUAUACUUCAGCAGGUCUUGCUCCCAGCAUAAUGAUUUUCAACAGUACCUUCUCAAAAGUCUUCUACUUCAAAAUGACCCUGGGAGAAGGUUUGGAAACGUGGUCAAUUGAUAUCCCUCGAGAGAUGAUUACAUUUAAUACAGAUGUUGCUCCAGUAGAGCAAUGGUUUGUACAAUUUACUAUGCAUCAUGGAUUAGAUAUGUUUACUACUGAUGGAACAUUACUGGAUCAUAUUCGAGAACCUGUACUUCAGUGGGAAGACUACUUUGGUGAUGAAAUAGACAUUAUCAAUCUAGUACCUUUUGUGAGAAAUACCAAGGGAACAAAAAGCCCUUGUGCAAGUGAUGUGGCAAUUUUAGGUCUCAUUCUUGAUGGAAAAAUAAAUGGAGUAUUUCUGGGAAUUACUGAGCUUGGCUUUAUGCACCGAGAUACAAAGUGGCAUAACAUGACUGCCAACAUUUGUGCUACUCUGAAUGACGAUUGUGCUGAUCUCUCACUUGUGAAUGUCAUUUUAACAAAUACUCGUUUAAUCAUCCUUUCCUCACUGGGACUAUUUAUCAGUCAAGAUCUGUGUGAUCCAGCUACAGAACAGAUUAAAUUUACCAGAUCAGACUUCUGUGGCUUUGAAAUGUUGCCAACCACUGCUUCCUUCUCUCAACUUCAUUCCUUCACCCAGGUCACAGCUUCCUGUACUUCCUUCCUUCCUUCUUUCGUCCUGCAUGAUGCCGUCAAGCUGAUGGCCUCCCUCGGCAAAGACUCCUUAGUCACCACUCCUAAUUUCAAUGCUAGUGCCCCCAAACCAAGAACCAAAAAAGAUGAUUACUUGAAAGCAAAAAUAUGGUAUAACAUUCAAUGUUUAGCUAACAAAGAAGACUAUGAAGUGGACUAUAUUAGUCUGUCAUUCAACAAAGAUAAAACAUUGAGCCAGGAAUCUACCUGUUUCUAUAGCAAUGAUCCAUUUACAAAAUGGUACAGUUGUUUGCCUCAAAGAGCAAAAGGCGAAAAGCUGGUUUCUCGACGAGUUGUUUCUUUUCUUGUUGAUGCUCAGCAGAAUACUGGCAUAGCUGUUUUAUCUCAACAGAAGGAUGUAUUAGUAUGGGUAAACAAGUUAACAGAUCACAGACUCCAUGCACAACACAAAUUUCCAGCAUAUCGGUUUCCAGAACGGGAUUUUGUGCCAUUUGGAAUGUUUUUCCACCCAAACAGUCACUUUCUAUAUGUUUAUGGAAAUCAGGUGUGGAUUUCUUCUGAUGGUGGCAACACUUUUAUAUUGUUAAUUAAACUAGACAAUGAGACUGUUACAGAAACAGAUGCAUGUGUUUACAGCCAGGCCAUUGUAUUUGUGACUGACAAGGGAAGCAUUUACUACACAAAGGCAGGUUUACUCAGAUAUGCCAGGCUUACAACUGUGAACCAAGAUUUUUUCAGCAUGUACUUUGACCAUCUGGGAAUUUUAUAUCAGCUUAGUAUGAAUGCAACAUCACCUGACAGAAUGGCAGUUCCUGUAAUGGAUGUGAACACUUUAUUACAGGCAGAUGACUUGGGUUUCGAUGGUGUUUUGUCUCCACAGUAUAUCACUGAAAAACAAAUGGUUUUCUAUAGUCAUGAACCAUUGAAUCCAGGGGUAGCUGCCACAAAGUCAAGGUUCUAUAAUCUUCAUGUAGACAAAGCGUUAGUAUAUGGGCCAGGCGGAUCAGGUCUAAUCUCCAAAGUUUUCACACAUGGGAAUCCUACAGGAUUUUUAUCAUCUGCCCUUGUAGAUAUUCUGGAGCAGUAUCCUACUGAAUCUAGCACUAUUAGCCCUUGCAUCUUAAAUACUUUAACAAUUUUGGAACGUGCACCAGGCAUUAACUCAUAUACGCUUCAGCUUAGUACUUCAGGGCCUAAUGUAUUUAAAGCAUCUGAUCGUGAGAAAACUGUGGUGAUUCCAGGUGCUAGCAGUUUCCUCAUUGUUGCGAUUCAGGAUGAUCUCAAUGCUUUAGGAGAUGCCACUAUGCCUAUUAUAGUACCUGUAAACAAAGUCUUUGAAAGCGGGACGUGGUUCUUGUAUGACUUUGGCACUCAGAAUAAAAGACAUUGGAGCAUUCUUGUUGACAGAUGUAGAUAUACGAUACAACAGCCUGACGAACUAACACUCAAUGCCAUUAGAUACUUGGAUCUUGGAUCAAAACUGCAUUUUAAGUUCAGAGUAACUCCAGUAAAUAUAGCCUAUCCAGUAUUUCAUAUGCCCCUAAUGAUGAUAGUAGUUGGGAGGCCCUCUCUACUGGAUGUGAGUACAGAAAAUCACUGGGACAACACUGAUAGUUAUAUAAUGGAAAUCAUGGUCCAUAGUAAAUUUUUUGAACAGGGUAAAACCUCUCUAGCUGUCAUAGUAACACAAGCAUCCCUCGUUUGUGAUGUCACAACCAUUAUCUUGACACUGAAGAAUUCCUGCUCCUACCUUAAAACAAUGCAUUAUGUUCUACAUGUUCCAAUCGCUGCUUCAGACUGGCUUUCUGGAGAAGACCAGACUAAGCAUAAUGUCUCUGCUGUUUCCCACCUCUUAAAGAACCUGCCGGUGAACUACAGGCCACCAUCUACAUUGGGAAUUUCUGUCCCACUCACAGAAAACUUUUAUAAUGCUGACCCUAGCAAACCUAGAAUGAGAGAUUAUUUUCGAAGAUCAAAAACUUCAGGACGAUACAAACAAUGUGCUAACAAGAGAAAUAGGAGUGAAUGUGGAUGUACGGACAAUAUGAAGCUGUCAUUUUCUGUUGCUUUUUCAGAUUGUAAGGAAAAGGUUCUACGAAUGAAAUUUCCAGUAUCAAAACUUCCCCUCAGUUUCACUGUGAAAGAUGAACGUGGAUCUACAAACCUAUCAACUCCUUAUUAUAUCACAGUCAUAGAAGUCAACAAUAGAACAAACUGGGAAAUUUCAGGUUCCGAUGUAACAUCAAGUGUGAUAAAAAUGAGAGAAUAUUUAGCACAUAAACUCAACACAACGUUGUAUAAUCCAGAUGGUCUCACUAUAAGUAUACAUGGAUCUGAGCUUUUCCAUUUCCGGGUAUCAACUGUUCCUGCAGUCUCCUUUUGUAACUUAUUUGAUGAAUUUCAGAUUUACGUUGAUGAUGCUCCAUUGGCUUUCCCAGGACAAACUCUUCUCACCGGAAUUUCAAUGAUUGCAAUAGGAGCUAUUAUCUUUGUGGGAUUUGUUAUACAAAUGUAUGAAAUUCAAUUAGGGAAUGUUUUGCAGAGGAAACUACUAAGAAGAAACAAAGUAUCAUCAAAAUCUACACUCUCUAGUGCUUCUUCUGAAGAAAGUAGUAAAAAGUCACAGCAGUAGCUAUAUCCCAUGUUCUAAACUUUUAGUUAUCAAUAAUUUAAUAUACAAAUAUAUCCUUUGAUUUUAGCUUGGUCAUGAAAGAGCUACAGCAUUUUUGGUAAGAACAAGUAUUUGGGGGGAGUUUUUUAUUAAUUUAGUAUGAGAUUAUUUCAGUCAUUCUUAGUUAUGUUAAGUAGAAUUUCAUUGGAGUGGGAGGGCUAAAGCAUUAUGGAAAAUAUACCUAUUUGUACCUCUGUAUUUUUAAUGUACCAGUUACUUCUUGAUUAAAUGUUCUGUAGCAAAUGCAGCAAAACAAUAGCAACAACUUGUCAUAAAUAAAGACAAUGCAAAAAUGAA